UCACACUAUCUUUGCUGCGCUUCCACAAACCCAGCUGCAGCUGUAGGCUUGUAGCUAGCUUCAGCGAAGCCGCCAUCAUGCCCGCCGAGGUCGGGGGAAUGAUCGCGAGUGCCGUCGGGAACCGAAUAGCCGCCAAGCUCGGCGAGCUCGUCAGUGACGAGAUCGCCCUGCUGUGGGGGUUCCAGGACGAAGUGGAAGGCAUGAAGGAGAAAAUGCAAGAUCUGGAAGCCGUGAUGCUCGACGCCGACGACAGGAUGCGGCGCGGAGAGAGAGACGGGAGAGCUGUCGGGCGGUGGCUCGCCAAAUUCAAGGCCGUGGCCUACGAUGUGGAGGACGUGCUGGACGAGCUGGACGCCAACGAGCUCAUCAACAAAACCCAAUCAAAGCUCAAGUUAUUCUUUUCCCGGAACAAUCAACUCAUCCAACGUUCUACCAUGGCCCACAACAUGAAGAGAGUGAGGGGGAAAAUAGGCAAAAUAGAAAAUGAGGGUCUCCAAACGCUCAAUCUUGUGAGUCGUGAAGCACGGGCAGAAAGGAGCGGAAAUGGGGAAACUUUUGCAGCCAUCAGUACUCAAGGCAUGAAAGCUGGAAUGGUGGGGAGGGAUACCGAGAUGAAGAAAAUAAUCACGCUGCUCGUGAGAAGUGAAGCUAGUGAGGAUAUCUCGGUCAUUCCAAUUAUUGGGCUUGGUGGUCUAGGGAAAUCAACACUGGCAGAAUCAGUCUUGGCAGAUGAAAGGGUUAACAUUUUCAACUUCAAAGCCUGGGUUCAUGUGUCUAAGCAGUUUGAUUUGCGCAAAAUUGCGGGUUCCAUCAUGAAAAGCAUAAAUAACAGUAUCAAUCUUGAAAAUUGUACUUUGCAGUUCCUACAUGAUAAUUUAAAAACUGAACUUGCUACCACAAGAUACUUAAUUGUUCUAGAUGAUCUCUGGGAAGAAGAUGGAAAAAAACUGGAAGAGUUGAAGCGGAUGUUACAAUAUGGAUGCAAGGGUAGCAAGAUUAUAGUCACGACACGUAACCAAAGCGUAGUGGCAAAACUGAGCACGGGUGUUCUUGCAAAUCAGAGGAUAAUUCGCCCUGUACCUGAUUCUGACCAAAUCAAGUUGGGUGUUUUAUCAACUGAUGACUGCUGGGAAGUAAUGAAACAAAUGGUAUUUGGGCCUGAUGAUGACCAUAGUGGCUUGGAAGAAAUUGGAAGGGAAAUUGCAUUGAAGUGUGGGGGAGUACCACUUGUGGCAAAUUCUCUUGGGAGAGUGAUGUCCGAGCUAAGAACAGUCAAGGCUUGGGAAGAUAUAAGAAACACAAAGAUUUUUCUGGGUUCGAGAGACCAAAAGGACACAUUAGAAUGCCUAAUGCUGAGCUACUACUAUAUGAAGCUGGAAUUCAAAAUGUGUUUCACAUAUUUAGCAGCCUUCCCCAAGGGUUUCAUUAUGGACAGUGAUCGUCUAAUCCUGCAAUGGAUCGCUCUUGGAUACAUUCAUGCAAAGGAUGAUGGUGAAAGGUGUAUCAACUACCUUCUAGGGAUGUCAUUUCUUCAGAUUUCGUGGUCAUCCUCGGUCAGUCGAAGUCCAGCGCAUGACAAAACUCCUCGUGAACUCACCACACAUGAUUUGGUGCAUGAUCUGGCGUCAACAAUUACUGCCAAUGAGUUCCUUGUGCUGGAUGCUAAUGCUCUCGAACCAAGGACUUGGAACAAAGCUCGUUAUGUCCGACAUGCACAACUGAUCAACUACAAGAAUCAAUCAAAGGUUUUCAGAUAUCUGCCAGCUAAAGUUAGAUCCCUUCAUUUUAGAGAUUCAGGAAAACAACAACUUCCCCGAAUGGCAUUUUCUCGAUCCAAGCACAUACGUGUCUUGGACUUAAAUGGGCAUUCCGUUAGAGGGCAAUCUACUCCAAGAACCUUUGAUCUUGGUGGAUGUUCAGUUGAAGGGCAAUCUACUCCAAGGAAUAUAGUGUUGCCAUCUUCUAUUCAUCAAUGCAAGCUACUUAGGUACCUUGAUGCUACUGCCUUGCCAAUUGCAUCACUUCCAAAGUCUUUCCACACACUUCAGUACAUGCAAACUCUAAUUUUGUCCAAAUGCUCACUUGAAACCUUGCCUGACAAUAUCUGUAGCCUCCACAAAAUUUGCUAUUUGGACUUGUCUGGUAAUAGCAGCCUUGAUAAGCUACCUGCAUCAUUGGGGAAGCUCUCUGAACUCUCUUUCCUCAACUUAUUGGGCUGUUAUAUACUACAAGAGUUGCCUGAAUCAAUCUGCGAGCUGACAUGUUUACAGCACCUAGACAUGUCAGAGUGUCGUGCCAUUCAGAAGCUGCCUGAUGAAUUUGGUAGCCUUCCAAAACUCACAUUUCUAAGCUUGUCAGGUUGUUCCAAGCUAACCAAACUACCUGACAUUGUUAGACUUGAGUCUUUAGAGCAUCUGAACCUAUCGAAUUGCCAUGAGCUAGAAAGCUUGCCAAAAGACUUUGGCAACCUCCAAAAGCUGGGGUUCUUGAACCUCUCUGAUUGCUAUAGGGUUUCAGUGCUCCCAGAAUCGUUUUGCCAGCUUAUUCAAUUGAAAGACCUAGAUCUUUCAGACUGCCAUCACCUUAGUGAACUCCCCGACUGUUUUGGUGACCUCUCUGAACUUGACUCUUUGAACCUGACAAGUUGUUGCAAGCUGCAACUACUGCCCGAGUCAUUCUGCAAGUUGUUUAAGCUGAGGUAUCUCAACUUGUCAUACUGUAUGAGGCUGGGAAAGCUCCCCUCAUCAAUAGGUGACCUUAAGCUUCGGAUAUUGGACAUCUCUUGUGCUUCAUCUCUCCAUUUCUUGCCGGAUAACAUCAGUAACAUGACUAGUCUCAAUCAACUUGAGGUCACGUCAGCACUACCUCGAGUAUUUCAGAAGGUUCAAGACAUUAAAAGGGACCUGAAUUUGUCAAGGUUAAUUGUACAUAAUGUACAUAAAAUAUAUAAGGAAAGAUGUAGCAGUAUAGUGAAUCUUACACAAUUGACUUGUCGUGAGCUGCGUGUUGUAGAACUUCAGAAUGUCAGGCAUCCAGAAGAUGCAGAGAGAGCCAAACUGCGUGAUAAAUCAGAUCUAAGAGUGCUACUUCUACGCUGGAGAUUGCAAAGGAAGGAGGAUAACCGGCAUAAAGCUGUGCUGGAGAACCUAGUACCUCCUCGGACUCUUGAACAAUUUUUGCUGAAUUGUUAUAUGAGCAAGGAUUUCCCUAAUUGGAUGUCUCACAUCUCCUCCUACCUCCCUUCACUCACCUACCUCAACCUUUCUGAUUUGGGAACAUGUGAUACUCUGCCUCCAUUUGGGCGGCUGCCAACUCUAAGAAAUCUAGUUAUGAAGAACAUUCCCAACAUCAGGAAGAUUGGCAAGGAUUUCUAUGGAGAGGAUGGAACUUGUACGAAAUUAAGAAGGAUACAAUUGAAGUCGAUGAGGAAUUUGGUGGAAUGGUGGACAACACGGUCAGGAGAAGAUAAUGGAGAGUUUUUAAUCCCUAAUCUGCAUAGAGUAGAAUUAAUAGACUGCCCAAAGUUGAAGUUCCUACCAUAUCCCCCAAAAGUUAUGUUGUGGUACUUGGAAAACAGUGGUGAGGUCUUGCCAGAAGGAGGAUUUGGGAAGCUUUCCUCUUCCACUCUUCCUUUUUCUCUGAAAAUUGUAAACUGCAUUUUUUCGCCAGAAAAGUGGGACAGACUUCAGCACCUCCCCACCCUUGAGAUAUUUCAAGUUCAAUCAUGCCGGGGCUUGAGGGCCUUGCCAGAGGCCAUUCAGUACUGCACCUCUCUCAGAAAUCUAUAUUUAUCGUCAUUGAAGGACCUGGAGUUAUUGCCGGAAUGGUUGGGGCACCUCACUUCUCUAGAAGAAUUUGUCAUUCGAGAUUGUCCCAUAGUUACAUUUUUUCCCGAAAGCAUGAAGAACCUUACCGCUCUCAAAGUAAUAUCGCUGAGGGAUUGCAAAGGCCUGGAUAUAUUGCCGGAAUGGCUGGGACAGCUUAUUUCCCUUCAAGAAUUUUACAUCAUCCGUUGCGCUAACCUGAUAUCUUUGCCUGAAAGCAUGCUGAACCAUUCCACCUUGAAGAAACUCUACAUUUGGGGCUGUUCAAGUCUGGUCGAAAGGUGCCAAGGGGAGUAUGCCUACAGGAUUUCACACAUCCCGACAGUUACACUCAAUAAUGUCUUAUGCAGAGCCAUGGAUGAAUUCUGAACAAGCAGGAGAAGAAUGAGGUGGAGUUGAUGGCUCUAAUAAGGAGAGCUGAAGAGACAAGUGGGAUAGAAAACUGCAGCUUUUUUUUCUGAAAGCUUACGGAACCUUGCUGCCUUGAAGGAACUCUACAUGUGGGGCUAUCCAGGUCUGGUUGAGAGGUGCCAAGGGGAGGAUGCCAACCUGAUUUCUCACGUCCCGGAAGUCACAUUAUACAGAUGAACUAGAAGAACUAGAGGGGCUGUGAUUAAUGAAUUGCAUUGUCUCAGAAGGGUAUCUGAAGAAAACAAUAGAUGGAAAUAUUUCCUGUGGGGGGAACUGUUGCUGAUCCGUUGUAUGGAAUUAUUGGUCUUACGCAGAGCCGAGGUCGACAUCUGAAGACAUGGGAGAUGAUGUACUUCUGGAGACAUGGGAAAGGGAGUGGAGAGACCGAAAAAACUCUGGAUGGCUGAUGUGCAGAGAGCUAAAAGCAAGAAACUGGAGCUCUCUGUAAAGCCUGAUGGAGGCGUAUUCGAGGCAAUAUAUGAAUGCUUGGUUUUUUUCUUUUUUGGAUCCAAUUGCGAACUUGGGGUGUGGAGGAUUAGGCUUUCCAAGGGUAGGAAAUUCGUAGCCAAAUUAGUUAUACGCAUUGGAACUGACAAGACGGUGAGAACUUAUGGAGCUAAGAAGCAGGAUCGUGUUAAAAAUUCUACAGAGUUCAGAAUUUUGUUGUAUUCAUUUUUAUCUUCUGGAACUUACAUAACUCUGUAAAAGGAUGUACUGUACUACUGAUAGAUGAUUCUAAACGAAUUAUUUUUUUUCGAAAUAGAAUGUUUCUAUACGAUGGUU